AUGGCAUUAUCUUCAAUUUUUGGUGGUGGUUCUCCAUCUCAACAAAAUACAGCUAUCCCAUCGACAAGUGGUUCUUCUAGCGUAACAGCCAAAUUAAAGGAACAAAUUGCUCAAGAGUUAGCUGUUGCCAAUGCUACAGAGUUGGUUAAUAAGACUACAGAAAACUGUUUUGAAAAAUGUUUAACCAGUCCAUAUAGCAAUACUAAUGAAGCAUGCAUCGAUCAAUGUUUAGCUAAAUAUAUGAGAAGUUGGAAUAUCGUUUCCAAAGCAUACAUUGCAAGAAUUCAACAAGCAUCAACUUCUGGGGAAAUUUAA